CAGCCCCGAUAAAAGUUAACUCCUCAACUUCGUAGGCAGAAAAAAAAAUCUCUGAUUUUAAAUUCACUGAGUUGACAUGGCAUUUCGCCGAAGGAACAAGAGUUAUCCCUUCUUCAGCCAAGAGUUUCUAAUUCAAAACCAUGCCGACAUCGUCUUCAGUUUGGUGAUUUUCAUUCUGAUUGGAUUGAUGUUUGAGGCAACUGCAAAGACGGCCAUAUUGUUCAUUCAGCCUCAGUACAACAUUACUACAUUAUCACAAGAAGGAGAGGUGACUACGUAUCAAUAUGGAUGGAAGGACUGCGCCACCAUCCUCUUCUAUUUCUUCAUCACCCUUAUCCUCCACGCUGUAGUCCAGGAAUAUCUAUUGGAUAAAGUGAACCGACGCCUUCAUCUCUCCAAGAGCAAGAAUACCAAGUUCAAUGAGUCAGGCCAGCUGUGCGUGUUUCACUUGGUGUCGAGUGUGUGGAGUUUCUACAUCCUCAUUACAGAAGGAUAUCUCCUUCAUCCCAGUAGCCUUUGGGAGAACUACCCUCAUACACAUCUCAGGUUUCAGGUGAAGCUUUUCUACCUCACUCAGCUGGCUUACUGGCUCCACGCUUUGCCGGAGCUUUACUUCCAGAAAGUUCGCAAGGAGGAGAUUCCUCGUCAGCUCCAGUACAUCAGCCUUUAUCUGCUGCACAUCUCUGCAGCGUAUUUGCUAAAUUUGAGCCGUGUGGGUCUGGUGCUCGUCUUCCUCCAGUAUGUGUCGGAGCUGGGCUUCCACAUCGCCAGACUCUUGUAUUUUACUGAUGAGAGCCAUCAGAAAAUGUUCGAUCUGUGGGCGGUGAGCUUCGUUUUUACGAGGAUGGCCACGCUGACCUUGAUGUUCCUCGCUGUGGGCUUUGGUUUGGCUCGUGCUGAGAAUCAGGGCUUGGACCUGGAGAUGGGCAACUUCAACACCGUUCUGAUAAGGAUGACCGUUCUACUGCUGGUGUGCUUGACUCAAUCUUGGCUCCUCUGGAAGUUUAUCCGCUUCCAGCUGAGGCGCUGGAGGGAGUUCAGGCACGAACAGGCCGUCCGCAAGAAGGGCAAUUCAAAGCAACCCUUGCGGCCGCUAAAGAGAGACUCACCUGGUUACCAUGAAAAUGGAGUGCUUAAAGCUGAGAAUGGAGUUUCUCCUCGGACAAAGAAGCUCAAAUCCCCCUAAGAAGGUGAACUAAACGACCGUUAGCCCCCGACUGAAGCUUCUCAUCAGUGAAGCCAGCGGCCCGCUGGCCACCAAGCUUUUGGCCGGGAACUUUCUGUGAUGUCACAGGCACUCGGUCACAACAGACUUAAGCUUGAGCGCUGGAUAAUGAAAUCCAAGGAAAUCCUUAGAGCCCAACAGACAUUUACUCCUUUUUCUCAUUGUAUCAGUAUUUUUUAUACAUCUAUGUUGCCUGAGAUCCCACCCUAAAGGCACUGGAAUUAUUCAAACUGUGCAUCGCACAUGUUUCCGCACGUUUCCAUGUUGAAUGUGUUUACUCACAUUCUCAAACAGAAGUACUGUACUGGCCGGCUUUGCUUGCUUCCCCGUGCUGGUCCACUGGACCGUGGAAGCAUUACUGGUGACAUGAACUAACUGGUAAGUUACACAUUCGUCACCGGCCCCUUAGCAGAUUUCCAUCAUAUAUGUUGUAUAUCACUGCAUGUCAUUCCAUGUUUUGUUUUGGUUCUCUUCUUAAAUGUCUUCAAUAAAAUGACUUUCUGAAGCAA